CCAUUAAUUACUUUGGCCCCCUGUGUGCUCUGUAAGUUUAUGGAGCAUAAUUCCUCCCACAAUGGUUCCAGGCAAACAGGUGUCAAUUUGUUUUUCUUUAAAUUAUUCCCACCCCAAUUAUUCCUGCUAUUCAAAUGAAUGGUAUUGCAUAUUCUAAGAACAACAAAUAAACAAACUAUGUAUGUCUAGAACCCACAGCAUACAGAAGAUGUGAACAUUUACUAAACACUGGUACAAUGUAAAUGAACAACACAAGAACAUAAAAUGAGUGAUGUUCCGUAUUCUGCAGAGCAGAUCGACGAACUGCUCAAAUGUGCUAUCUGUCUGGACCGCUUCCGCAAUCCCAAACUUCUUCCAUGCCAGCAUACCUUCUGUGAGUCUCCAUGUCUGGAGGGAUUGCUGACAGCUGGGUCCAGGGUGCUGAAAUGCCCAGAGUGUCGAUCUGAACAUUUUCUACCAUUAAGUGGAGUCAGAUCUCUGCCCAAUAAUAGGUUCAUUUUAAGCUUCCUUGAUAUUGCUAGAAAUGGGAACCAACAAACGAGGACCUCUUCUUCUAGUUGUCAGGUUUGUGAAACAGAGGCUGCAGAAGCUCUAGUUAGGUGCGCUCACUGUAACAAGCAAGUCUGCGGCAACUGUCAAAGGUCACAUGUCAAUCAGCUGAAACAUGAGGUGGGACGCCUCGUUAACCAAAUGCGACGUGGUGUACCCAAGCUCUCUGAUUGCAUUGGUAGGGUGGAGCAGACCACCACUCAUAUUCAACAGAGGGCUGAUGCCCUCAAGUCUGAAGUAACUCAGGUGAUAGAACUUCAGAUCAAAGCCCUCAGAGACAGAGAGCGUAUGCUGCACAGUGAGGUGGACACCUUCCUUCAGGCUGAGUCUAGAUCACAGCGACUCCAUCAAGAAAACAUGGAAGUGGAACUGGCCAGUUUGUCCAGCUACUGUGAUGCUACAGAGGAUGUCCUGAACAGGGACAACAGUGCUGUCCCCGACCUCGACCUUGUCAACAUGAAGAGGCAGUGCCAGGAGUAUUUGGACCAGCUGCAGGAGGCAACACAGGAGGGGUCUGUCCCCAGGAGACAAAUGAGGCUAGAGGUCCAGUCGCAACCCCUUCAUUCUCACAUAAUGAACCUGGGACAGCUUGUAGUCUCUGCCACAAGCACAAGAUCAGCCAAUGGACCCAGUAGUAGGCAUGCUUAUGGUAAUACAAAUUCUGAAUUAAGUACAAGCAAUUCUAAUACUGGGUCAAGGUUAAGUCAAGGUAAUCAAGGUCAAGUUAGCUCAGGGCAAGGUCAGUCAGGUCAAGGUCACUCAGGUCAGGCUAGUGGAGGUUCCAAUGCUGCAGGCAGCAGGAUAUCCCCAAGAGCUGUAGAUAGAGGCUCGUAUGCUCUAUAUGUGGGAAGUCACCAUCUUGUUGAUGGGUUGUCCCCAAGACAGAAUCAUCAGUUAGUGAGCCGUGGUUUGGAGACUGCUCUAAGUAGGCCAAGUGCCACUGCUUCAGUGAACACAAAUAAUGCACAGAGACUUCUCAACAGGGCACGGAAUACAUACAGUGGUAAUGAUGAUAGGCCUGCAGGUAUGAUGGGAGGGGGUGCCAGCAGUACAUAUAGUCCAAGGCAGUUGAAUAAUAAUGUCAUCCCAAGGGAUAGACAAAGGAAUGAUAUUAGUAGGAACACUCAGGGAGCAGCAAAUACUUUCCCAAGGACUAAUAGGUCAACAGCUUCAAACCAGACAGCCAGUCAGAUUACAAGGCAGAGCCCACAACCAGUCAGAGAUUCUGUACCAAAUGGUACAGUUGAGACAAGAAUUAGAGAAAGGACAUUUGUGUUGGAGGAUGCUAGUCAAGGUACCACUGAGGCGGAUGAGAGGUCCCCAAGGGAUGGUACGCAGGCGAGAAGGUACAGAACCCCUGUGACAUUUGACAUUCCACUGGAUGACAGCAUCCUUGAAAUUCUUGAGGAGACGGAGGAUGUGAACCGUGCAGCUAUAUCAUUCCGCUACAGCACCAGCGAUAGUUCUGUGAUUGCCUCUCCCAGAAAUGGGUAUCAAAGUAAAGGAGAGAUGCUUUUGAAGAUAGGUCAACGAGGGACAGAUGCCAAUAGGUUCACAUGGCCGAGAGGUGUGGCCAUUUUUCCUGACAAUGAGAAUAUAGUUGUAGCUGACAGCAGUAAUCACAGGCUGCAAAUAUUUGACAAACGUGGGAGGUUUCUGAAGACGUUUGGCUCCUAUGGACAAGGGGAGGGAGAGUUUGACUCUCUAGCUGGGGUUUGUGUGAACAGUAUGAGACAGAUCAUUGUUAGUGACAGGUAUAACCAUCGCAUACAGAUCUUAGACAGAAAUGGUCACUUUGUUAAGGAAUUUGGAGAAGAGGGUGAUGGUGACGGGCAGCUUAGCUAUCCAUGGGGUGUGGCCUGUGAUGACAUGGGCUUCAUUUAUGUCUGUGACAAAGAAAACCAUCGGAUACAGGUGUUUCAGCUGGACGGAACUUUUGUCAGAAAGUUUGGCAGUUUGGGCAGUGAAAAUGGCCAGUUCGAAAAUCCUUAUUAUAUCACUGUCAGUCCAGAUAAUAAGGUUAUUGUAAGUGACAGCAGCAACCAUCGUGUACAGGUAUUUGACACUUAUGGACACCACCUGUUGACCUUUGGCUCUGUUGGUGUCCACCCUGGUCAGAUGAAAUACCCCAGAGGAGUAGCUGUGGAUGAUCAGGGCUUUAUCCUGGUAGCUGAUAGUGGCAAUAAUAGAAUACAGGUUUUCAGGAGUAAUGGCCAAAGUUUUUGUUCGUUUGGCAGCUGGGGGAGUGGUGAUGGACAGUUGAAAGGUAUAGAGGGUGUGGCUGUCAUGGCUGAUGGACAGGUUGUGGUAUCUGAUAGGGAAAAUCAUAGACUUCAGUUGUUUUAGCUUGGACUUGAUAUAGCAAUAGAGGGACAGAUUCUAGAAAAGGGUACUGUAACUGUUCUGAAAUGGUAAGACAAUUAACAUGUUUUCUGUUUGCAUGUGAGCAUUGAAGGAGCAACGUUCAAUUUAACAUAACAUUCAAAAUUCAAUGCAAAGAUAACAUUAUGAAAGAUAUCCUGGAUGUAGUGCAGCUUCGACUUAGGGCGCAUUCCCAUAGACUUUAGAUUGAUCUAUCCCUGUGGGGAGUCUCACUAGAUUGCAGUCAGAUA